GAGGUACCCAUCGCACUUGCCCCAUCGAGCCGACCACUUCUCGAUUGCAAUGGCCCUGUCCGUCGCCGCCCCGACCUUCCACGACGCCGCUGUGACGCACGACGCCUCGGCGCCUGUUGCUGCGACCACGGCCAUUUCUGCGGGCGACGUCAUCUUUUACGAAGUCGCGGUCGUCUCGUCGAGCGCGGGUGUCGAGGAGGACGAGCACGACAUUGACUGCGAUGACGAGGAGUGCGGCGGCUGCAAAGAGGUCGAGGACGACGACGAAGAUGCCGAGGCGGAAGAGCUCGAUGAGCUCGAAAUCGACUUGGUGAGCCCCGCGGUGGUCGAGCACUUUGAUGCGCUCAUGGCGUUUUGCUCGUCGCACGAAGUGCUGCACAUGGUGGACCUGAGUAAGAACCUGUUUAAGCUCUUCAAACUCGCGACGGACGACGCGUCCCUCUUAAACCGCCUUCGCAUUCUCAAGGUGCAACCUGAUGCCGAGUACCUGGACGCCGCCGUCUCGCUCCGCGCCGAGUUUCCCAGCGUCGUGCCCUCUUUUCUGACCGAUGACGAUGUCGCCCACAUGAUUGGCGUCCUGCACGGCCACAGCCACGAACUCGAAGAUAUCGCGGGCACGGGCUUGUUUCUGGACGUGGCGCGCCUCGAGCACCGCUGUAUUCCCAACUGCAACCUCUCGACCGAUGGCACGACGAUCUGGGUGACUGCCAUCAAGUCGAUUGCGGCUGGCGAAGUCCUCACGCUUGACACAUUCGACCUCUUCUUGAGCACGGCCGCGGAGCGCAUCGGCGCCAUGACCAUGAUGGGACUCACGUGUGCCUGCGAAUGGUGCACGGGUGCCCUUCCCGAUCAGUCGCGCGCGUACAAGUGCCACACGCCUGGCUGCCCCGGUAUCGUGCACCCGACCAAUGUUGUGUUUGCGUGUACUACCUGCAGCGCAACGAUGUCCGAAGCCGAAGCUGCGAUCGCGGACGAUCUGCUCAUGGACCAGCUUGACGCCGUUGAGUCUAUCGCUGGUCUCCAAGACCUUGUUGCCAAGUCCCUCGUGCACAAGUACCACAGUGCAGUGUACCACGCGCUCGACCACCUCACCGGGGCCUGGCUCGUGUCGGAGGACGUGCCAGCCUCGGACAUGGUCAUCGCCUACAAGAUGAUGCUCGAGUCGGCCGACUACGCGGUGCCGUACCCGCACGACAACAAAGUCCAGCUCCUCGAUCAAUUGGCGCAGAGCUACGUUGGCUCCGGCGACGCCGCGGCGGCCAAAGAGACGUACCAACAAGCCUACGACCUCUCUUGCAUCUGCAGCGGCCGCGAGAGCGAAGAAGCCGCGCUUCUCAAGACCCUCGUUGAGAACACCCCAACCAACCGCCACGAGCUUCUCGCGGCGUACGGCCUAGACGACGAAUGCGACGAAGAGUAG